AUGUCGACUGAUGCCGAUGUCAUCAGCGGCCUUGUCUUUAUCCCUCUGUGGGUGCCUCUGGAUGAGCGCAUCAUCUUCUCGGGGAACCUCUUCCAGUACCAGGAGGACAACAGGAAGUGGAGGAACCGCUUCAGCCUCGUUCCCCACAACUAUGGACUGGUGCUCUAUGACAACAAAGUGGCCUAUGAGCGGCAGGUCCCACCCCGAGCCAUCAUCAACAGUGCAGGCUACAAAAUCCUCACCUCCGUGGACCAGUAUCUGGAGCUCGUUGGCAGCUCCUUACCAGGGACCACAUCAAAAUCAGGAACCGCCCCCAUCCUUAAGUGCCCCACGCAGUUCCCGCUCAUCCUCUGGCACCCUCAUGCACGUCACUACUACUUCUGCAUGAUGACGGAAACCGAGCAGGACAAGUGGCAGGCUGUCCUGCAGGACUGCAUCCGGCACUGCAACAAUGGGAUUCCUGAGGACUCCAAGGUGGAGGGCCCUGCAUUCACAGACGCCAUCCGCAUGUACCGCCAGUCGAAGGAGCUCUACGGCACCUGGGAGAUGCUGUGUGGGAACGAGGUGCAGAUCCUGACCAACCUGGUGAUGGAGGAGCUGGGCCCUGAGCUGAAGGCAGAGCUUGCCCCACGGCUGAAGGGAAAACCUCAGGAGCGGCAGCGGCAGUGGAUCCAGAUCUCAGACACCGUGUACCGCAUGGUGUAUGAGCAGGCCAAGGUGAGCUUCGAGGCCGUGCUGUCCAAGCUGCAGCUGGCCCGGCCGGCCAUGGAGGCAGUCAUCCGCACCGACAUGGACCAGAUCAUCACCUCCAAGGAGCAUCUGGCCAGCAAGAUCCGAGCGUUCAUCCUCCCCAAGGCUGAGGUGUGUGUCCGGAACCACGUCCAGCCCUACAUCCCGUCCAUCCUGGAGGCCUUGAUGGUGCCUACUAGCCAGGGCUUCACUGAGGUGCGAGACAUCUUCUUCAAAGAGGUCACCGACAUGAACCUGAAUGUUAUCAAUGAGGGUGGCAUUGACAAGCUGGGCGAGUACAUGGAGAAGCUGUCCCAGCUGGCAUUCCACCCCCUGAAGAUGCAGAGCUGCUAUGAGAAGAUGGAGCCCCUGCGGCUGGACGGGCUGCAGCAGCGCUUCGACGUGUCCAGCACAUCCGUGUUCAAGCAGCGAGCCCAGAUCCACAUGCGUGAGCAAAUGGACAACGCCGUAUACACCUUCGAGACCCUCCUGCACCAGGAGCUGGGGAAGGGGCCCACCAAAGAGGAGCUGUGCAAGUCCAUCCAGCGGAUCCUGGAGCGGGUGCUGAAGAAAUAUGACUAUGACAGCAGCUCUGUGCGGAAGAGGUUUUUCCGGGAGGCGCUGCUGCAGGUCACCAUCCCGUUCCUGCUAAAGAAGCUGGCCCCCACCUGCAAGUCGGAGCUGCCCCGGUUCCAGGAACUGAUCUUCGAGGACUUCGCCAGGUUCAUCCUGGUGGAGAACACGUACGAGGAGGUGGUGCUGCAGACCGUCAUGAAAGACAUCCUGCAGGCUGUGAAGGAGGCCGCAGUGCAGAGGAAGCACAACCUGUACCGGGACAGCAUGGUCAUGCACAACAGCGACCCCAACCUGCACCUGCUGGCCGAGGGCGUACCCAUUGAUUGGGGCGAGGAGUAUGGUGACAGUGGUGGCAGCCCCAGUCCUGGUGCCCCAGAAGGAGCCACCCUCUCGGAAAAGCGGCGGCGCGCCAAGCAGGUGGUCUCCGUGGUCCAGGACGAGGAGGCAGGGCUGCCCUUCGAGGCUGGCCCUGAGCCACCGUCACCAGCGUCCCCGGACAGUGUCACUGAGCUCUGUGGUCUGCUAGCCCAGGAUCUGCGGGCUGAGAGCCCCCCGCCGGCUGGCCUCCUGCUUAAUGGGGCCCCCGCCCAGGAGAGUCCCCAGCCGGUGGCAGCCCCCGAGGCCUCGCCGCCUUCCUCACCCCUUCGGCAUCUCCCACCUGGGAAGGCUGUGGACCUGGAGCCCCCCAAGCCCAGCGACCAGGAGACCGGGGAGCAGGUGUCCAGCCCCAGCGGUCGCCCCCCCAUCCACACCACCACCGAGGACAGCGCGGGGGUGCAGACGGAGUUCUAGGGCGGUCGGCCCUGCUUCUGUUGGACACGGC